AUGAACCUUCAUCUGGUUGACAGCGACGGUCAUCUGGAGGCUGAGAAAAAGCUGACGGAAUACCUGACGAGCAUUGUGGCACCCAGCGUCUCGCCGAGCCGCGGCUCGGCGACUGCGGACGGUGACUAUGGCAACGGUGCGCUGGAGGCAGUCGGUUUGAACUACCACGUCGUUGGCGUCUUCGGGGGACAGAGCAGCGGCAAGUCCACGCUGCUGAAUCAUCUCUUUGGCACACAUUUUCAAAUGCUCGACGAGACGGUGCGACGUGGCCAGACAACGAAGGGCGCUUUUAUGGCUCUCGCGAACACUGCCUUGGCUGGGCUCGAAGCCAGCGACGUCGCUGUUGUUGCACCUCGGCUCGCCCCCAGCGCCGCGGACCGCAGCUCCCGUCUCAACCAUGCUGUUGCUGCUGCUGUGACUAAUAACACUACAGGCGGUGCGCCGCCCACCGGGUCUCCUUUGUUGGUGCUGGACUUUGAAGGCACCGAUGGACUGGAGCGGGGCGAGGACCAGUGCUUUGAGCGUCAGCUCUCGCUCUUCGGUCUGAGCAUCGUCGACACACUCAUCAUUAACAUGUGGGCUGUCGACGUUGGCCGCUUUAAUGCCGCUAACCUGAGCCUGCUGCGCACCAUUUUCGAGGUCAACCUGCAGCUCUUCAGCCACAGCAACUACGAAGCAGAAGAAAAGCCGACUUUGCUUGUUGUACUGCGUGACUUCACUGAGGACGACCCGCUGCCGAGCCUCACCACGGUGCGUAAGUCCUUCGACACGAUUUGGGAGAGCAUCACCCGGCCAGCUCAGUUUGAGGACACAAGCAUUGAUGCCCUGUUCCACUUGAAGUACUAUGUGAUGCCUCACUACAGGCUGCAGAAGGAGGAGUUCAUGGCCUCAGUGGAGACGCUGCGGCGCUGGUUUGGCGACAGCCGAUGCUCCGACUACCUCUUUUCCUACCACUCCAUGUUUCGCGGUGUGCCGCUCGAUGGGCUGCCGGCGUACCUGACAAACUGUUGGGCGGCAAUUCGCACGAGCAAGGACUUGGAUAUUCCAACACAACGUGAGAUGCUGGCGCAGCACCGGUGCAAGGAGGCGAAGGAGCAGGAGCUCAUGACGUACCGUGACUUUGCUCGGGGCUACGAGGACAGGCUACUGCGCGGCGAGAUGCUGCUGCGCUUGUCGGAGGUCCUGGACGAGGAGAUGGAGACUCGCCUGACCGCUUUUUAUCGACAGACAAAGUUGUACAGUAGCGCCGUCGUUGGGCAGUACGCGAAUGAGCUGGAGACGGAGCUGGUGGAUGCCACGAUGCAGGUGUUGAACCGGCUGUCCAAGGCCAUCGCCACCGAAGUACUGUCAAACGUCGAGUCGCGUGUGCUGAACAGCGUCGAGGAAAGUCUUCGACAGCUGCUCAAGUCAGCACAGACACUGCCAUUCAGCGCAGGCGAGGACUCUAGCACCACCGAACCUGCGGAGGCGCAUGACGCGGACGAGGACGCAGCCCGUCUUCUCGGGGCACAGCGGAUGGACUCGGCUGCGUGCCAGAGGCUUGUCCGAGGUUUCUGGCGCACACUCAGCAUCCAGGUCAAGGAGGUGGUGGCAGAGGUGGCUGCAAUGCCUCCACGCGCCCACCUCUACGGCCGUUAUGCCGUCCUCAUAGUCCAGGACCCAACGACGCGGCUCAACGUGCUGAACAUUGUCACAGACGCGUUCUUCCAGAAGGUGAAGUCGCGCCUGGUGUCCAUGGCUAACAGUGCGUGCGACACGAUGCAUAGCGGCUUCGAGCGUAGCCUCACUUACAACAGUGACGGUACCGUCCGUUUCUUCGCCACCACCAGGGGCUUGCAGAAAGCCGUGCCAGCAGCUGUGCAGGCGGGCCUGGUUGUCCUGGGGAGCCUCUUUUACUUCCGGCUGAAGCUGGUGUCGGCGGCGGUCAGCGACGACGACGACCUCGAUACCGGUGCGACUGCAGCUCUGCCGCAGAGCCGCUCCGCUCGCCGCGUGAGGCACAAUCGAUGCCACAUCGUGUUCGACGACAACGACGCCGAGGCGGCUUUCUACCUGAGCUACAGCACGCUUGACACUGCCCCCAAAUACCCCUGCGACGUUCCUGUGCCGACUCUCGACUGCGACAGAGAGGAGGUUGGCGUCGCCGCGGACUGCGUCCUGCUCAGCCAACAAGCCACUGUGCGUGCCUACGAGCUCUACAAGCAGAAGUGCGACUUCACGACACAGCUGCAGCUUCGCGCUGCUGAGGCAGGCAACCAACGACUUCCCGCCUGGGUCAUUCCGGCCCUCUUUAUUUUGGGCUGGAACGAGUUGCUCUACGUACUCACUUCGCCUGCUCUGCUAGUGCUCGUGGUCGUCAUCUGCGCUGUUUUCUUCAGACAGUUUUUCGUGUCUCAGUGGCACGCCUUCGAAGAGACAGGACCAGCGAGUGUCGUAAUACCGGUGAGGACAGUGGUGCACGCGCUGAGCGCCCUGGUGCGCUCACUGCUUGGCGAUGGACAGGGAUCUUGCCCGGAGCGCGCAGCACGAAACGGCAGCGAUGUCGUUGCGUCGGGCGAGAGGGAGAUGGCCCAUGUCAAGGUCACUUCUACACACGCGGAUCCGGCACCGAGCAAUACAACGGUGCCAACCGCCCAAGCCACGAUGCGCCACCGCACAACUCACAAGCUGGACUGA